UAUAGGCUUAAUCAAAGCAUCAAAAUACAGCUUGCGCUCUGCAAGGGUUUUGUGACACUAUUUUGCAACGGCUUCAGCAUGACGUUAUUUUCCGCCACUUCUGUGUUAUAGAAUAGUUUAAUUUCUGUCAUUUAUUUGUUCUAUAUAAACAUUCCAAAUAUACAAUCUCAUGAUGACUCGAGGACGCAAUCAAACAAUUGAAAAUCAUUUCACGUCCCCAACAAUACAAAAGGAGAACAAAAACAAUUAUCAUAAACACCUCUAAUUUAUUCUGGCAGUGUAAAUAUUUUACUAUAGAGAAAUCCUGUUUACUACGAAGCACAUUUCUCUGCCAAAUCGCGAAUUGACGAAGCAAACUGUAAUCAACAGGAAAUACACCUCAUUGCAUUAGAGUAAAUUUUCUCCUGUUUUGAAAACAGUGCGAAAAAGGCGCGAAAUACUAAUACUGUUUUAGGGGAAGCCGAUAAUAAGUAUCUUUUCCCGAAAUUUGAAUUCUGAAAAUCUUAACUAGCAGAUAUCUUUUUAAUUAUCGAAUUAUUAUUGCUGGGAAAGCAAAGCUGGCGAGGAAUCAUUCGUAUUAUUUUGGCCGGAAACUCUGAUUUGUGCUACAGACAGCACCUCUUUUGACAGGUAUUUGUGAAGACCAAGUAGUGUGUUUUUUCCUCGUAUUUCUCCAGACGUGCAAGAUCUUAUUUUCUUUCCAACUUAGCAUUUAAUUAACUGGUACGAAGAUGAUAAUUACCGGGUGAAAAAAUUAACCGGGAGUGAUGAUUAGAGGAAGUUAGCGCCUGACUUGAGUACGACGAUUCGAUUGGCUAAGAAACAAUUACAAUAUUGACUGACCAAUGAGCUGACGUGCACGAGAAUCCACAGAUUCCACGUGCAUGGAGCUUCCAAACCGAAAUGAUACAAAUAGUGCGGCCAUGAGAGUCGAGAAUGAAGAGGUUUGCCAGUUCCCGACGCUUUCACUUUCAGCCAUGAGUAAGGAGAAUGCACCAGAGGAUAAGACUUCCAUCCUGACCCGAAUCAAUGCCUUGCUGGACUCAGCCCUGGAUCCUAACUCAGCUGGGCGAAGUCUGUUUCCACCUCAACCAAUUCAGCAGCCAUCCUGUGGGUCUUUCAUCGGUUAUCCUGGUUUUCAGCCCACACCGCCAGACUCGAGAUCUCCAAGCCCAUUGCUUAUAGACGAAAGGGCUGGCGAACAUUUUAUGGGUAAUUUCAUGACUGGCAGUACUCCUUUUGGAAUGCAUACGCCACCAGACAGUCUUCCGUCUUCUCCACUUGGUGCAUUUUCACCAUUUGGAGCAUUUCCUUUCUCGCCUCUUUCUCCUGUGGAGUCGGAUUCCAGUAUUAGUCCCUUGAGGCAUUCAUACCGCAGCCCUAUGUUCCCCCGUUGUCAGCCAAGACAAAUUGGGUUACCUCCUGCAGCACUUCAGCCAGCUGAGAUACCAUCAAUGGGUAGCCUGUUUACUGAUCCUCGGUGGACUGGUGUUAAUCCUUUGUUUGGAAUGUGGACUGAUCCUUUAGGUGUUGAUUAUAUGCAGCAAACUGGGCUUGCACAAUUGUUACCAGUUACUGACUACAGUAAGGUGAAUAUGAAAAAGUGGUCAGGACAACUACCUCGCCGUAACUAUAAGAAUCCAAGCUACUCAACCAAAGUUUUCCUCGGAGGUGUUCCUUGGGAUAUUACAGAAGCAUCUCUAGUGAUGUCCUUUAAACCUUUUGGUUCAGUCAAAGUGGAGUGGCCUGGGAAGGCUGAUGGUCGACAUCUGCACCACCCUCCUAAAGGUUAUGUUUAUCUGAUCUUUGAUUCUGAGAAAUCAGUCAAAGCCUUAUUAGCUUCCUGCACUCAUGAUUUCUGCAAUGGUGGAGAUUGGUACUUUAAGAUCUCUAGCAGACGUAUGAGAUGUAAAGAGGUACAGGUGAUUCCGUGGGUUCUGUCUGAUACAAACUAUGUGCGUGGUCCUCAUCAAAGACUGGACACCAGCUGGACUGUGUUUGUAGGUGGAUUACAUGGUAUGCUAAAUGCAGAGGGUCUGGCUUAUAUUAUGAAUGAGCUUUUUGGUGGAGUUGUCUAUGCUGGCAUUGACACUGAUAAACAUCGCUACCCUAUAGGUUCUGGUCGCAUUACAUUUAACAACCAGAAGAGCUUUCUCGAUGCUGUCCGUUCAGGAUUCAUUGAAAUAGAAACACCAAAAUUUGUUAAAAAGGUCCAAGUUGACCCAUAUUUAGAGGACUCCAUGUGUGACAUUUGCCAUACUACCUCUGGACCUUUCUUCUGCCGUGAAGAGUCCUGUUUCAAGUAUUACUGUCAUUCAUGUUGGUUGUGGCAUCACUCAAUUGAGGGUUAUCGUCAGCACAGGCCUUUGACUCGUACAAGCAAGAGUGGAACAACUCAGUGAUUCACUACAGCCUAGCGACACAUUGUACCUGCCGCAAGCCAGCUGCUUACUAGACUUAUUGCAUCUGACUUGCAGAGAAAGAUUGUCAGCUGUGCUUUAAUAUUAGUUUCUUUUUUGCUACGGGUUCAGUCAUGUGAUGUGAAUGUUCUGAUUGGUAUUUUGAAGUACAGUUGUUGAAGGUUAAAGUGUUUAAGUUCUCCUACUAGUCUAGAUUUCUUUCUAGUCCUCAGGCAACAUCAACAUGCGGUAAAAUGUUUCCUUGCAUUGACGUUGACCGUAAGCUAUCAUGUUCUGGUGUUAAUAUGUUGAGCUGGGGAUUACAAAGUUACUCAACACCGUUUUGAUUUAAUUUUUGUUAUGAAUUUAACAAAAAAGCUAAUGAUUUACUUUUGCUUUGUCUAUCACUUCCAGUUUUAGCAUUUUCUACACAUUUAUACUGCGUGAUUUGCAAGUUUAAACAUUCAUGAUAGAGGUUUUUCUUUGAAAAAAGAAACUAUAUUAAAAAAACCUACAAUUUUUGUGUCCUUGUUGAGGCAUGAAAAAUUCGCAUUUGUCGUUUGUUUUCUAGGCUAUAUAUGGCUGUGAGAUGAUCUGUUUUGUAAACUUUGAUAUUUGUAUUUGACAACAUUUUGCUACCACUGCCAUGGUUUGCUUAAACUUGCUAUCAUUCUGUUUUUGAUGGAUAAUCUUCGUUUUGAAUUAUUUUAGUUUUGUAUUUGUUUUAGGUUAUCUAGGGCUUUUUUGAUUGUUACGAUGUCCACAUGCUUUGAGUGGCAGUUACUGUUUAUUUUUGCGCAAAUAGCAAGCUACACUGCCUGAGCCUGGUGUUGUUUAAUUGCAUCGGAGAAAGUCUACUCCUCAAGGGCUGGGCCUCAAACAGUAGGAGUACACUCUUUUUAUGUCUAUUUACUAACCUCAAUUUUUUUUUAUACUGAUUUGUGUCAUUUUCACACAAACACUUGUAUUUCUAUCGUUAACUAAUUUCUACUUAUUUUUUUUACUAAACUGGAGUCUGAUUUAUUGGGCACCACAAUUUGCGCAAAAUACUUGUACAUAGUUUUGCUGGAGUGUUUUCUAAUUUUCAACUUUUGAAUGCAAGUAAUUUACUUUGUCUUGAUAUAGCUUCUUUUAACUAUAAUUAUAUGACAAAAGGUAAAAAAGGGAAAAAAAGAGCUGUUUUUAUCCAUAAUUGGAAAAAAGAAUUGAAAAAAGUUUAAUUGUUGUAGUGAAUUACACUUGACACGUUUGGAUACCAUUAAGUUAUUGAGGUUACACUUAUUUAGACAAAAAGUUUCAUCCUUGUUGAGUAUAGCGUGAUAAAGUCGUUUUUUAACUUAGAAAACAAACGGAACAAAAAAAACGUAUAUGUAGAAAGUGUGAAAUGUAUUUAUUUUUGUACCUGUUAUAAAGUAGGUGAGCUUUUUAUUGUUGGAGAGAUGGUGGAGAGCUAAUAUAAGUAUAAUUAACUAUUUAUAAUGUUCAAGUAUGAUAAGCUAAAAAGUUUUGUAAAGAGUUCUCAUUGGUAAGUUAUUUUUUGGGCAUGUUAAUGUUUUUGUUUUGAGAAAUAUUGAUGUGCUCUUGGCAAAAGUUGUUAUUGACAGGAUCUUACAUGCCUGUUGCAUCAUUGGUGUACAGAUAUUUAGUAUAUGAGAAGAUUCCUUGGUAAAAACUACUAGGUUGUUUUCUCAGAUUAAACUGAAAAGCCUUGUUGCAUUUGUGUGGUUGUGUCUCGUUACCGGCACCCCUAAUCGGCCCUUCUAUUUUUCACAGCAUAUCAUGUAUGUUGUGAGGUGAAGGAUUGCAGGGUGAUGAAUUCUUAAUUAUCUUUUGGCAGUCUAAGAAACCUAUCUGCUGCAGAGCAGACGAGAUCAAUGUUUACCCCAAGUGCGAGGACCGUUUUUGAGCCUAGGAAAGCUUAAGAAACGACGACGGCGACGCCCAGUCAAAAAUGAAUUUAUAUUUUACCAGCGAAAUUCGCAAUGGUCUAGAUCUCUUCAGUACACCAAUGGCUCAAAAAACUUGCUCAGGUUAAAAUUGCUAUGACAAUGUUCAAUACCAAAUGGAAAUACGAGACAGCCGUUGUCGUUCGC